CCCACACACACACACAAAGCACCCACCAUCAAUCUCACACACACACACACAACAGACUCUGCUUGCUCGGCAGCCCGGCCAGCUGAGACCUCGCCACAGCAACAACAGCUGCAGCUGCAAAAGCAUAGAUAGCUUCAUCGUACAUGAGAGAGUGUGUGCGUGCAUACGUUGUGCGCUUUCCAUCGUGAACAUCAGCACCUGCUGCGUCCAUUCGAAGAAGAAGCAGCAGCAGUUAACUGCAACUUUUGUUCUCGGCGCUGCUUUGGUUUGGAUAACAUAUUGGACGACGCCAGCUGCGCGCCUGUCCUUGCUUUCAACAACGUUUUCCUUCUUGCACCACACGCGUGUCAAGACAACGGUGACGUGCCUGCAGCGAGUCUCAGUCCCUCACACAUCACCGUCAGCAUGGAAGGCUCUGGCGACGGAGCCAGGGCGCCGCGGUUACCGCCAAAACCCCGCCUUCAAAUCAACACAGACACGGCACCAGCAACGGCAGGGUCGUCCUCAUCGCGGCCCGUGCCUCGCCCUCGGUCGGGGACGCCGUCUCCACAGCCGCAGCUGCACUCGCCACCACAGCCGCGCCCGCGCAGCCAGCAGCCCCACAGUCCAGGCAGCCACCCGGACCGGCUGUCUGUGCCACACUCCCCAUCCAGCCACGGCGCCGCGCCAACAGCAACAUCAUCGUCAGCAGCUUCAUCAACAUCAGCGUCCGUGCGCGGCAAGCCACCGCUCCCGCAGAAGCCUGCCGCCCUUGCAAAGCCCAAGGCACGGCACUCGCUGCCACUUGAAACACGUGGGCGAGGCACAGAUGCAUCUGCUGGUCAUGACAGCAAGAUGAAGCGGAGAUCAGAAGGGCAUGGCAGUAACGGUGACGAUGAUGCUGGUGGAGAGCAUCGUGGCCGAGCAACGGCUUCAUCACGACAGUCCCCGCCAACAGCAAAGCCCGUCAUUCCAAGCAAGCCCUCAUCCUUGCGUCCACGCAGUCAGACAGCAACCGAAAAGCUCGCGACGGCACGCGAUGUGAAGGUGAACAGGUCCGGCAAGCCAUCGCCACCGCGGCCACCGCCCCCAAAGAACGGCGGCACGCACCUGACAGCACCAAUGUCGGCGUCGUCACCAUCAUCGCCGCUGACGCAACGACGCGGCGCCAAGCCCGCACGCCCACCCGCGCCCCGCACAGGGUCACCCAUCACCACAACCGUGCCCAUCUCGGCAGCAGCAUCAGCAUCAGCGUCGAAGACAGCAUCUGCAAAGAGCACACCACCACGCCCGCCCGUCAAGCCGGCCAACCUCUCGCCCUCACUUGCCACAACUACAGCGGCAACUACAGCGGCAACAUCGUCACUCAGCCACAACACAACCCCAGACAAGCAGCAACAGCAGCAACAGCAGCAACAGCAGCAGCAACAACAGCAGCAGCAGCGUGCACGGCGACCACCACCACCAUCGCAUCCACCGCCGUCACGCUCAAGCGAUGCCAGUAAACCAUCACCCGACAGCAAGCCUGCGCCCCCACCCCGUCGCAAGUCCAUGUCCACAGCGGAGGCCGCGCACCAACGCCGCCGCCAACGCCUACAGCGGCAGCUCGCUGAUGGCGAUGAUGGGGCAGGUGGCACAUCGCGUUGUGGCGAUGAUGAGGGCGAUGGGAGCCAGCACCGGCGCAGGUCUGAUCCAACCCGACACGCCAGCGGCAGCGGCAGUGGCAGCGGGAGCAACAGCAGCAGCGGUGCGGGCAGUCGCGAACAUGUUGCUGUUCCCAUUGCCAACAGGCCGCAGCCGGGGUGUCGUGAUGACACCGCGUCGCAUGGCAGAGCAACGCAGCCAACGCCCCCACCAACCGCUGCGAAACCAACACAGGGCGGCGUGUCAGCCACCUCAUCCGUCGACACCACAACACCAGCGUCACCCGUGCCGUCGUCAUCGUCGUCGGCCAACACCUCGACGGCCGCCACCCCGUCUGCCGCCAUUGCUGCGAUGGAGAGUGGUGGCAUGCGAAGGCGAUCAAGCAGCGAAGUCCCGCUGUCAUACGCGCGUCGGCCACGGCAGCACAGCAGAGGCAGUCCACCAGAUGCACACGUGCACGCUGCCAGUGGUAUCACUCCACAUGCUGGCAGUGGCAGUGGUGGCGGUGGCGGUGGUGGUAUGGUGCACAGUGCGACAGCCAGCACCAGCACGUUGGUGGUGACGCGUAGUUCCAAGCGCACGUCGCUGCCCGAAGGCGUGCCUGCAGGCACGACCAAGCCCACACCCAAGCCCAAACCAAAAGUACCGAGCAGACAGACAUCUGGCAACGACGACGAGGACGACGAUGGCAACGGCCGCAGUGGCAGCAGCAGCAGCAGAGCCGGCAGUGCAAUGUCGCACACGAGCGGGCGCGUCAGCAUGGGCAGGUUUGAGCCAAGCGUGUCCCCCGUGAAGGAGGUUGGCAACGGUGACGGGGUUGACGGUGCUUGUGAGCACGGGCGUAAUGAUGCUCACGGCAGUGGCAAGGUGGCGAUUUUGCCGCCGAGAACGACUGGGGCAUCAACAUCCACAAGGACAGCCGCAACAACGCAGCCCAUUCCCUUGCCUGCAAGCACGCGACCCCAGCCACGCCCCCGCAGCACAUCCUCCACGUCAUCCCAGCCGGGCGCCGUUGGUGGCAGCCAGGGGUACAAGCCAAGCCCCGCGCCACGCAGCCUGCGCGAGAAGACGAAAUCCAUCGAACUUGUGUCCAUGCACGCACCAACCACAUCGUCAACACAGCCAACAGCAGCAGCACGCCGCAAGCAGCAGCAGCCACCGCCCACGAUUCACGAAGAGGAUGAAGAUGAGGGCGGUGGUGGCGAUGGGGUUGGCACACACGUGCCUGCAGCAACAAGGACGUCAGCCAUUGCAGCAGCAGCGGCAGCGGCAGCGGCAGUGCGGAAGGAGGGGAAGACCCAGCCGCCACCAACACCUCCGUCACGCCGCAAGCCCGUGCUUGCAGGCACACAUGCCAAGGGUAGCGCUGCUGGUGUUGGUGGUGUUGGUGGUGGUGGUGGUGGUGGCGACGAGAACGACGUGGAGGGCGAGGAUGGUGAUGAGAUGAGUGCCAUUGAGCGAAAGCGGCUGGAGCGUCGUCAGAAGAAGAAGAAAAAGAAGAAGAGGCAACAGCAGCGCAGCAAGCAGCACCCGCGCCACCUGCGAAGCGACAACAAGCCCGCACCAGGCCCACCACCUGGCCCAGAAGCCAGUAGCGACAGGCGUGUCAGCGGCGGGGUUGGUGGAGGAGGGCGUGAUGGUGGUCUGUUGGCGCAUGAUUUCGUACAGGAACUGAAGGAGACGUCAUCACGACGUGGAUCACAUGCACGCGGCAAUGGCGGUGAUGGCGAUGAGACAACGCCCACGCCACGAGGGUCAGCUGGUGGAGGAGAUGCAGCGAAACCAUCCACUGCUGCGUUUCAGUCUGAGCUCCACCGUGUGCUGGCGUCAAACCCACCUGCACAUGCACAGGCACGCGUACAGGCACCGCCCCCCGGCGGCUACGAUGACAGCAGCACGCAGGAUGACGAGGAGGACGAUGGCGCGGACUACGCUGUUGUCGACGUGCACCCACCACAUCAGCACGGGCACGUCCACCCUGGUGCACCCGCCCAUGGGGCCACUCAUGGCCACGGCCACGUUCUCGGUCACGGUCACAGCAGCGGGGACAACGAGCCGCCAUCGCCAACAGCGAGUGACGCGACGUCGAUUGACUCCUACAGCAUGUCCAAGUCCUCUGCGCUGAGCACGAGCGAGCCCAUUGCCUUUGAAUCCUUCUACGACCAGCUUCGCGACAGGCUCAGGGCGGAGAGCGAGCACUAUCGGCAGGUGCUGCGGCCGGAUGAGCCGCUCGAUCCAACCAAGGUCGACGAUUUCAUCAUCAUCAAAUUCACCGUCGAACGCAUGCGCUUCGAGUUUGGGGAGCGGGCGCGUGAGCGAGGGAAGACCAAGUGGCAGCACCGUGUGGAGAGCGCCGUCAAGUGGCUGGAGAAGAAGGGAAUUGCACGCGACAAGGACGACGCUGGCAGGAUAUUCGACAAGAUGUGCAACUACGGGUUUGUGCAGACGGUGAAACCGGCCCGCCAGCUCAUGCGGGCGGCUGCGACGUAUUUCCGUGCACAGCAAUACUUCAAGUGGCUCGACCCUUCCAUGUGGUCUCGCACAGGUCACGUUGUCAUCGCAGGGCACGAGCAGCAGCAAAAGAAGAGGGAUGAGGGCCGUGGUGUUGAUGGAGCGACGGACCAGUGGCAGAAGGCAGACAGCGCAGCCCCUGCCGGCGGGAAGGUGCGUGGAAAGGACGAGUAUGUGGAGAUUGAGUGCCACCAGUCCGAUCUCAACAACGAGAGUGACGCUGAACAUGGAGACGACGACGAUGAGGAGGAGGACGAUGAGGAUGAGGAUGAGGAUGAGAAGAACAGGAGUGGUGGCCAGCGCACGUUGUUGCGAAAAUGGCAAGCGCUCCCGCAGCUGUUGCGCAAACACCUUCGCACAGACGCAACGGCUGCUCCCACGGCGCGAGAUGAGGGUGGUUACGAUGCAGCCGACACAGCCGCACACGACCACCGCGUCCACCACAACGGUGGUGACAGUGACAAUGGUCAUGACUACGAGACGCUGAGUGAUGACACGGACACGGCGUGGAGUGACAGUGAUCUUGACGACGACGAUGACGACGACUCGUUUGAUGAUGAUGAUGAUGAUGACUCGUUUGGUGACGAGGAUGAGAGUGAUUCCUUUGAUGAUGAUGACGAUGAUGAAGAGGAGACGGAACCAGCGGUUGGUGGUGGCGUCGGUGAUGAUCAGAAACAAGAGCAGCAAGCAGACAUUGGCCGUGGUGGUGACGAUGGACGGACACCGUUAGCGUCACCCGCGUCACGUCGUCUGGGUAGCAGCACGAGCAACAGCAGCAGCAGCACGACCACGACCGCCACGACAACGCCGACGGGUGUGCGGGGUGGGAGCUCACGCCGAAGCAGAAGAGGCAAGCGUACCACCAGCGCCAGCAGCCGCAGCAGUGGCAGCGGUGGUCGUCGCAGUCGCAAGCUGGCAAGCAGUCGCGCGUCGCGUCGGCCCAUAUCAUCGUCGUCGGAUGCGUUUGAUGACGCUGGCUUGUCGUCGUCAGCGCAGUCCAAACGCACCUCCACACACCCCAUGCCUCCCGUUGCAGAGGAGGCGGAGAAGGAAGAGAGAGCAGCGAGGAGCGAGAGCGACAUUGGCGCUCGUCGCACCAAGCCUGCGGUGCCUCUGCCCAAGGCCAAGCCGCCACUUGCAGCAGCAGCAAAGGCGAGGCAGCCGCACGACACCAGCGGUGGUGUCGGUGGUGAUGGCAGGACGGGCAGUCUUGACGCGACCGUGUCAGACUUGGGCACCAUGGCCUCGACCGUGGAUGUGUCUGUGCUUGAUCACACACGCCAACAGCAGCAGCAACAACAACAACAGCAGCAGCAGAAGAGUGCGAGCCUUCGCUCGACCAUUCGCCUGGAUAGCGUUUCGUUGCAAGAGUGGCAGCACAAAAGCUACCGGCAUUUGCGCGAGACGCUCGUGACGACCACAAACGAGUCGCCCAAGGACAGGCCAGACUACGGCUCCAUGACGCAAUCGAUCAUCCUGGAUGAGGGAGGACCGAUUUACGAGGCCGUGGACGACAUGGAGCUGGACUUUGGGACCGCCACCGCCACAGCCGAGGGUGAUGCUGGCGAUGAGGGCCAGCAGCCACCCCCACCCCCACACCUGCAGCAGCAACAGCAGCAGGGCAGCGGCAGUGGCAGCAGCUUCCGGCUGUGCAAUCCCAUGGCGGCGCAGGAGUUGUGGCGGGACCGAAAGGACGUGCAAGAGAGCGGCGUGCUGGCUACCAUGUCCAAGAAAGACAUCAAACGGCAGGAAAUCAUUCGCGAGCUGUUUACCAGCGAGCUGGCCUACCAGAACGACCUCACCGCCCUCUUCAAGCAAUACCUGCUGCCGCUGUACUACUACCAGGCGCAGCGUUCAUCGGGCGGGGACGGCGGAUUCGACCUCCGUGUCGUCCUCAAACUCUUCCCGGCGUGCAAGGACCUGAUUGAGGCCGGGAAGGCGCUUCGUCGCGAUCUGGAACAACGGAUUGAGGAGCACGUGGUGGUGCCCGGCAUUGGUGACAUUCUCGCGUCGCACGUCAACAACCUGCGCAGCGAGUUUACAAACUACUGUGCGCUCUCCGUGCGCGUGCAGUCGUAUCUUGAUGUGCACAAGGAGGUGUUUAAGCGGCUCAUUCGCGACAUGAUGACCGACACCAUGCACAAGGGCCUGCCCUUCCUCGCAUAUGUCAUUGUCCCCGUCCAACGCGUCGCCCGCUACCCGCUCCUUGUCAAGAGCCUUGCGGACGCGUCUGAGGACCAGCCAGACCACCAUGUGCUGACGGAGCUGGUGCAGCAGCUGCAGGAAACAGUGCGGCUGUGCAACGAGGUGAUGCGCAUUGAAGAGCAACUGGUUGAGCUGGAGCGAUUGCAGGACCAAUUUGACCUCAUCAAGAUGAAGGCUGGCGACUAUGUUAGCAUCAACGUGCGCGGCAAGCAGAUUGUGAAGCGUGGCGAGCUGAAGCGCGUGCAGUUCAAGGCAGAGCGUGGCGAGUACCGCAUUGCAAAGAGCAAGAUGGUGGAGCUGAUUCUCUUGACAGACUGGUUCAUCUUCGCCAAGCAGGACAAGCGGUGGCGCGGGAAAACGAAACUCAUUCUGUACCGCCAGGUGCCGCGCUCGGCCAUCCACGUGCGCUGCGUGGAUGACCUGGUCCCGACGAAGAAGGAAGGCACGACGCUGCUGUGCAUCGACAUCAAGACGAGUGACCCGGAGCAGCUCAUCUUGCACUGUCAGAGCGAGUGGGAGCGGGAGCGAUGGCUGGAUGCACUCCAAGACAACGCCGUGCAACAGGACGAGAGCAUAUACGAGCCCCUCCCACGCCACCGCCGCGUCCGGGUCAUAUCCGACUAUGAGUCACGCGGCGCAGACGAACUCACGCUGCACACUGGCGCGGUGCUCAUUGAGGUGGAGCGGUGCGAUGACUGGUCGAGGGGAUACUUUGCCGACCGACCGCCAGACCCUGCACUCAACCCGGCACUGUGGUUCCCGUCGUCGUACGUGUGUGUGUACGACGAAACAGACGCAGCAGAGGCUGGCUGGGAUUCCAGCGAGGUGUGACAACCGAUUGGUUGGUUGAUGGGUGGUUGAUUGGUUGGUUGAUGGGUGGUUGAUUGGUGGUUGACGAUGAUGAUGAUGAUGAUGAUGCUGAUGAUGAUGAUGAUGAUGAUGAUGA